AACUAUUAUUUUUCCGCCUGAUAAAAAAUGUAAAAGUCAUUUUUAAGAUGCCGUAAUUAUUGAAUUUCAUCGUCUCACGAUUUUGCUCCGGUAAUGACAUUGCUAUUUGAACUCGGUAUAUAUAAGCCACUUGAAAUAAAUAUUCGAUGUGUUUCAGAUCGAUCGUCGAGUGAGUGAACGUGUCAAAAUGGGUGUAUUUUUAUAUUUAUUUACGUGUUAUAUUUUAUUCACACAAAGUAAUGAAGCGGCUAGGAUUCUAGUAGUGAUCCCGACACCUUCCAUCAGCCAUCAGGUUGUCUUUCGACCUAUAAUGCAAGAGCUCGUUAAGAGAGGACAUGAAAUCACCAUCAUCACAACAGAUCCCGCCUACCCGAAAGGAGGAGCUCCUGCUAACUACACAGAAAUUGAUAUUCAUGAUGUAUCAUACGGGAUAUGGAAAAACUCCUUUAUGGUUGCCAAUAAAGGAGACAAAGGAGAUCUGUACAACCAAAUGAAAAUGAUUGUGACUUUGUUUAAUGUGAUAUUUGAAGCUCAAGUAAGAGAUGAAGCGGUACAACGACUGAUCAACGAUAAAACUCAAAAGUUCGAUUUGAUAAUUGCAGAAGGUUGUGUUAAACCCGCGCUUGGAUUCUAUCAUAUUUACAAAGCGCCCAUAGUUAUAAUGAGCUCUUUUGGAGCGUUUUACGACAAUUUCCAAACGAUCGGUGCUCCCUCACAUCCCCUCCUUUAUCCAAUGUUUGUUCGUCUGAAAUUGAACAAUUUGACGAUGUGGGAGAAAAUGACAGAGCUGUACAACCACUACAGACUAGAAUCGAUGUUUUAUGAAAAUUUACUUGAAUCAGACCAGUUACUAAGAAGACUCUUUGGUGAAGACAAACCAUCGUUAAUGGAAGUGUACAAUCACGUCGAAAUGUUGUUCCUCUACGAAAAUCCAGUGUUUGUUGGACCUCGACCUGUACCGCCAACUGUUGUAUACAUGGGAGGAUUCCAUCAAAAUGCCCCGAAAGAAUUACCAAAGGAUUUGAAAUCAUACUUAGACUCCUCUAAAAAUGGCGUAAUUUACAUAAGUUUUGGAACCAAUGUAGAUCCUACUCACCUGCCAGCUGACAGGAUUGAAGUCCUUGUAAAAACAUUAUCUCAAAUGCCGUACGAUGUGUUAUGGAAGUGGAACGGAGACGAGCUGCCUGGACGUACUGACAAUAUCAGAAUCUCAAAGUGGUUGCCGCAGUCAGAUCUACUAAGACAUCCUAAAAUUAAAGUUUUCGUAACGCAAGGAGGUCUGCAGUCAACAGAUGAAGCGAUAACAGCUGGUGUUCCAUUAAUAGGAGUCCCAAUGUUGGGCGAUCAGUGGUUCAAUGUGGAGAGAUAUGUAUAUCACAAGAUUGGAGUCAGAUUGGACAUUGAUGUCAUGACAGUGGAUAAUUUCAGGAGCGCACUCUUCGAAGUUAUUAACAACGACAGCUAUCGACAAAAUGUUGUGAAACUGCGUACUUUAAUGAGAGAUCAGCCUCAAUCUCCAUUAGAUCGCACUAUAUGGUCGUUAGAACACUUACUGCGUCACGGCAACGCGAAGCACCUGCGCUCACCCACCGCCAACAUCUCGUGGUGGGACUACUUAGAACUGGAACUGGUGUUCACACUGCUGGCAGUACUAUUCGCUGCAAUAAGUCUUGUAGUACUCGCUGUAUAUUCGUUGUACAAGUAUUUUGUAAGAAACUAUGUUGCUGUUAUUAAAGUAAAACAUUCGUAAUGUUAGUUAUUUAAUAAGUUUAGAUAUUUAGCUAACUGUGAUAUGUUAUAUGUUACGAAUAAGGAGGUCCAAUCUUAAAACUUGUAUGAGUAUUUUACCAUAGCAUACCAUAUUCAGUUUUGUACUUAGGCUAAGUGUAAAUAAAUAAAUUAUGCCAUUUUUUUAUUA